AUGAUGAUGACCGACCAGAUCCCUCUGGAACUGCCACCACUGCUGAAUGGAGAGGUAGCCAUGAUGCCUCAUUUGGUGAAUGGAGAUGCAGCUCAGCAGCUAUUUAUUGAAGUAAAUCCACAAAGAAUUGACUCUGCAGGUAAAAGCUGCGUGGUCAAAGAGAAGAGCGUUCGUUUUGGACCUGCUGAAGUUCCUAUGAUGUCACCCAAUGGAUCCAUUCCUCCUAUCCAUGUGCCUCCAGGUUAUAUCUCACAGGUGAUUGAAGAUAACACUGGAGUCCGCCGGGUGGUGGUCACACCGCAGUCUCCUGAGUGUUAUCCCCCAAGCUACCCCUCAGCCAUGUCUCCAACCCAUCACCUACCCCCCUACCUGACCCACCACCCGCAUUUUAUUCAUAACUCACACACGGCUUACUAUCCACCUGUUACUGGACCUGGAGAUAUACCACCUCAAUUUUUUCCUCAACAUCAUCUUCCCCCUACAAUAUACAGCGAGCAAGAAAUUAUACCACUCUAUGGAAUGUCAAGCUACAUUACGCGAGAAGACCAGUACAGCAAGCCUCCACACAAAAAACUGAAAGACCGCCAGAUUGACCGCCAGAAUCGCCUCAACAGUCCUCCGUCUUCUAUCUACAAAAGCAGCUGCACAACCGUGUACAACGGCUAUGGGAAGGGCCACGGUGGCGGAGGCGGUGGUGGCGGUGGCAGUGGUGGUGGGCCCGGGGUUAAGAAAACAGAGCGGCGAGCGAGAAGCAGCCCCAAGUCCAAUGAUUCAGACUUGCAAGAGUAUGAGUUGGAAGUAAAGAGGGUGCAAGACAUUCUUUCAGGAAUAGAGAAACCACAGGUUUCUAAUAUUCAGGCAAGAGCAGUUGUGUUGUCCUGGGCUCCCCCUGUUGGACUUCCGUGUGGACCCCACAGCGGUCUUUCCUUCCCCUACAGUUAUGAGGUUGCGCUUUCAGACAAAGGACGAGAUGGAAAAUAUAAGAUAAUUUACAGUGGAGAAGAAUUAGAGUGUAACCUGAAAGAUCUUAGACCAGCAACUGAUUAUCAUGUAAGGGUCUAUGCCAUGUACAAUUCCGUAAAGGGAUCCUGCUCCGAGCCAGUUAGCUUCACCACCCACAGCUGCGCACCCGAGUGUCCCUUCCCACCUAAGCUGGCGCACAGGAGCAAAAGUUCACUAACUUUGCAAUGGAAGGCACCGAUUGACAAUGGUUCAAAAAUCACCAACUACCUUUUAGAAUGGGAUGAGGGAAAAAGAAACAGUGGUUUUAGACAGUGCUUCUUUGGCAGCCAGAAGCAUUGCAAGCUGACAAAGCUUUGUCCAGCGAUGGGUUACACAUUCAGGCUGGCUGCUCGGAAUGACAUCGGCACCAGUGGUUAUAGCCAAGAGGUGGUGUGCUACACAUUAGGAAACAUUCCUCAGAUGCCCUCUGCCCCGAGACUUGUUCGAGCUGGGGUCACAUGGGUCACGUUGCAGUGGAAUAAACCAGAAGGCUGUUCACAUGAGGAGGUGGUUACCUACACCUUGGAAAUCCAGGAGGAUGAACAUGAUAACCUUUUCCACCCAAAAUACACUGGAGAGGAUUUAACCUGUACUGUGAAAAAUCUCAAAAGAAGCACACAGUAUAAAUUCAGGCUGACUGCUUCCAACGUGGAAGGGAAGAGUUGUCCGAGCGAAGUUCUGGUGUGCACAACGAGUCCUGACAGGCCCGGAACUCCGACGAGACCCCUCAUCAAAGGACCAGUUACAGCUCAUGGCUUCAGUGUCAAAUGGGAUCCUCCAAAGGACAGUGGUGGUUCAGAAAUACUCAAGUACUUGCUGGAGAUUACUGAUGGAAAUUCGGAAGCGAGUCAGUGGGAAGUGGCGUACAGUGGAUCGGCUACAGAAUACACGUUCACCCACUUGAAACCAGGCACUUUGUACAAACUCCGAGCAUGCUGCAUCAGUACUGGUGGACACAGUCAGUGUUCUGAAAGUCUUCCCGUUCGCACACUAAGCAUUGCACCAGGUCAGUGCCGACCACCGAGGGUUUUGGGCAGACCAAAGCACAAAGAAGUCCACUUAGAGUGGGAUGUUCCUGCUUCUGAAAGUGGCUGUGAGGUCUCGGAGUACAGUGUGGAGAUGACGGAACCUGAGGAGGUAGCUUCCGAGGUGUACCACGGGCCGGAGCUCGAGUGCACGGUGGGCAACCUGCUUCCCGGAACUGUGUAUCGCUUCAGGGUGAGGGCUCUGAAUGACGGAGGGUAUGGCCCCUACUCUGAUGUGUCAGAAAUUACCACUGCUGCAGGGCCUCCUGGACAAUGCAAAGCACCUUGUAUUUCUUUUACGCCUGAUGGAUGUGUCCUAGUGAGUUGGGAGAGUCCUGAAAGCUCUGGUGCCGACAUCUCAGAGUACAGGUUGGAAUGGGGAGAAGAUGAAGAAUCCUUAGAACUCAUUUAUCAUGGGACAGACACCGGCUUUGAAAUAAGGGAUCUGUUGCCAGCUGCACAAUAUUGCUGUAGACUACAGGCCGCCAAUCAAGCUGGAGCAGGACCGUACAGUGAGCUUGUCCUCUGCCAGACACCAGCAUCUGCCCCUGACCCUGUCUCCACUCUCUGUGUUCUGGAGGAGGAGACCCUCAAUGCCUAUCCUGAUUCACCUUCUGUGUGCCUUGUUCUGAACUGGGAAGAGCCGUGCAAUAAUGGAUCUGAAAUCCUUGCUUAUAAUAUUGAUCUUGGAGACGCUAGCAUCACCGUGGGCAGUACCACCACCCAUGUUCUGAAGGAUCUCCUUCCAGAAACCACCUACCGGGCCCUACUGCUCCCAGCGCCAUCGUCUUCAGCAGCAGUUCCUCACCUGGUUCUCCAGGACAGGGCAAGUGACAUACACAUGCACACCUUUCUCUCCGACUCAGAGAUGCCUAAGGGAUUGCAAGUGGGCGGGAUGCCAUUCUGGGAACGUUCUUCAGGCUUCUUCAACAUUGAGAAGGGAGAGUCUGCUCCUUCCUCUAGGUUUAUUUCAAUCUACAGAGGACCCAGCCACACCUACAAGGUCCAGAGACUGACGGAAUUCACAUGCUACUCCUUCAGAAUCCAGGCAACGAGUGAGGCUGGGGAAGGGCCCUGCUCAGAAACCUACACCUUCAGCACAACCAAGAGUUUCCCCCCCACCAUCAAAGCACCUCGAGUAACACAGUUGGAAGGAAAUUCAUGUGAAAUUUUAUGGGAGACGGUACCACCAAUGAAAGGCGACCCUGUCAACUACAUUCUACAGGUACUGGUUGGAAGAGAAUCAGAGUAUAAACAGGUGUACAAGGGAGAAGAAGCAACAUUCCAAAUCUCAGGCCUCCAGACCAACACAGACUACAGGUUCCGUGUGUGUGUGUGUCGUCGCUGUUUAGACACCUCUCAGGAGCUAAGCGGAGCUUUCAGCCCCUCUGCAGCUUUUGUAUUACAACGGAGUGAGGUCAUGCUUCCAGGGGACAUGGGGAGCUUAGAGGAUCCCAAAAUGAAGAGCAUGAUGCCUACUGAUGAACAGUUUGCAGCCCUCAUUGUGGUUGGCUUUGCAACUUUGUCCAUCUUAUUUGCCUUUAUAUUACAGUACUUCUUAAUGAAGUAGACCCAACGAAACUAGAGGUAUGGAAUUUAAUUAAUGCUACACAUUUUACUACACACAUUUAUUCAGAUACUCCCCUUUUUAAGUCCUUUUACUCUUUGAUUUAUAUACUUCUCUUGUUUUACAGAUUUAGCUAGAAAGAAAUAUCAGUGUUUUGGUGCACCUUUUUGAAAUGCAAAACUAGGAAGAAAGUAAACUGGAUUUUUUUUUUUUACAGAAGAAAAGCAAACCAGAAACCAAAAGCUAGCUUUCUUGUAUUUUCUUUUAAAUUUUCAGAUUUGCCUUUAUUCUGUUGUCAUUGAUGUCUUUUGCAAGCUUUUGAUUUUUUUUUCCAUGUUACAGUUUAGUAAUUUAUAUUCACCAGUCACUUCUUACGUCUUGAUCAUGUGUAUCUGUGAACACGAACCACAGUGUGUGUAGAUUCAGGACUAGGGUUUCCGCAUUGUCAGAGUGUUACCACCCAGCCACCACAACAUACAGAAGAUGUGUUCACCCAGAUAAGGCUGCCCUAAACAACCAUUUUGUCACUCAGUUGCUUAACUGUGUUUAGGUCAUUUAAAUCAAAAUGUGUACUUUAAUCUGAAAUGUUUUAAUAAUCUGUGUUUCGUAUGAUUUUAACACUAUGAGCUGCCUGUCUAAGAAAUCAAAUAACCAAAAUGCACCUAUAAAUUAUGGAACAUUGUAGAUUUUUACCCCAUCGAUUCAUCGCAGUACCUUUAAGAGGGCAUUGUGCAAUAGUUAGUUGUUCCUUGUUCAGCUAUUUUAAAAGCUGCUUUAACUUGUUUGUUUGUCUUUGUAUAUAACUACUUCUAAUCUAAUCACUAGAGUUAUUAUAUUCGGUUAUGUUUGACCAGAAUUAUAUGACGAGAACUGGUGACAGUUUAGUGCCUCUGCCCAUUGUCCAUGAUUUACACUAAUUGUGAGCAGUCUUCUUACACGUCAGCUCAUUAUUUUUGAAAGGUUUGCCUUUAGGCUGUUCUUUGAGGUAUCAAUGAAGUGAUUGAAUUUCAGUAUCUUAAUUCAGUGCACAUAAUACUAUCUAACAGCAGGUAAAUUGGUAAAACCCAAAAGAGACUUAUCUAAAUUUGUAGUUCCUGUUUUUUGUGGGGUUGACCUGGCCAUGUGUGGAGAGGGAAUGGUAUUUGGUGGUAAGCACAGGGUGUUUGGGGGUCAAAGAGCCUAGAUUCUCUCUCUGGAUCUGUCACUAACUUGCUGCGUGACCUGAACACGUCACUUUACCUCUCUGUGCCUCAGUGUUCCCAUGCAUUAAAAAUAAAAUAAAAUAAAAUGAAAUAAAACGGGGAUUCUAAUGUUUGUAAGUCUUUUGAGAUCCUUGAUCAACAGGUGCUAUUGGAGUGCAAAGUGUUACUCUUGCAUGUUCAUUUUGAGUCAUGAGAUAAUCAAUUUUAACCCAAAGUCAUUGGAUUAUUUAUAUGGUGUCCACAAUGUUCGCGUACCUCAGGGACAUUUAAGAGUUGGAGGUGCAAAUAUAUUCCAAAAGGGUGCAACAGACACAAUGUAUCCCCCUGCUUCUGUUUUUGUAUAUUUUUGCUACUUGGUUUUUCUUGAUCAUAGCUAUUUUAUGCUUGGUCUGUGUUGUCUUAAGAUGCAGUAUCCUGUACUAGCUUAUAAUAUUCCCAUACCAAAGUCAUGGGGAAACCAACAUUAUUUUGUUUUUGGUUUAUUUAUACUAUAUUCUGCAUACAGUACUUUAAAUGCCAAUUACAGUGCAAUCUUUAUUUAUUGUAAAAUUUUUAAAGUGUACUUAUGUACUAAUUUUCCCUUGUAGCAUGUUAUUUUUUUGUGUUUUAUACUUUUGUAAUUUUAGGAAAGUCUUGUUCCUUGGCAACAUCUGUAGUAUUAUCAAUCUUCUGGCAUUUUCUUGUGUUUUUAAAGAUAAGAGCAUCUAGUGCAUCAAAUGCCAAAAAAAAAGAAUCCAUUAUCAGUGAUUGAAACGUUUACAUGUAUCCAAAAAACCAUAAUCAUCUCUUGAAAGAAAGUGCUAAGAUCAGUGAAUUAUUCUCUGUGCCUAUAUUGAUUGAUGUAGUAUUAGAGAGUUCUGUAUUUUGUUACUGACUAUAAGAAUUAGUUUAAUUAGCCUUGCAAACUGAUGGCAUCGAGGUAAAUAUAUUUUUGCCAAAGUUCUGACCUUCCAAAACUCAUCCCUCUAUUUAAAAUAACGUGUGUUAUGAACCACUGUAAAACGUGGCAUCUGCGUUUUCCAGUACAAUUUCAUGGAGGUGUUUUGGGGAGAGGGCAUUUUUCACUGAAUGAAGAAUCAACUGAGUAACAAAAUAAGAACCCUGUUUGCUGGGGAAAACGUGUCCCUUUUUGGAAACACUUCAGAACUGCUGCUAUAAAGAAAUUCUUUGAAUUGAUUGCAGUUUUUUUUACAUGAAAUAGUACUUUUGGCUAAAAUUGCUAUGAAUAUUUUAUCUUUUUGAGAUUUUCAUCCUUUUUAAGCACCAGAAAGCUGAAGUGUGUGAAACCCUAGCUAAUGGCACUUUAUUUUAUUGCUCUCCAUUAUUUGAUGUUCAUUAUAAUCUCUCCAGUCAAAAAAUUAUUACUCUAUCUGGCACUGUUUCCUGUCAGAAAUAUGUGUAUGCGAUAUUGACAUAUAACUAUAUGUAUUGCCAUUACACAUGAACAAUAAAAUAAAGUGUUAUAUUAACUUUCUCUCUUUGGCCUUUUGCAAUAUGUAGGAAUAAGUGAGUGGCUUUCUGAUGCUCUGUAUGUCAAACUCAUCCUUGGCACAAGAAAUUCCAGUCAUGUGAAGCAAACUGCCCUUUGUCCUCAAAGAAAACUUUUUUAAAAGAUUUUUUUCAUAUUACCUGCCUUGUUUUUAUUAACUUGAAAUGAUGGCAUUUUCUAACUGUUUUGUUGGCUACAGUAAUUCAGUAUUCCUGUCACAAUUGAAAAGUGCCCUAAUUGAAUGUGUUUGAAUGUUAUCCUUGCACAAUUCUUUAAAAUUGAAAGACAAAAUGUUUUACCUCACUGUUGGACAUACAUUCCAAGCUUUUCAACUUUAGGAGAAAAAAAUAAUCAUGUUUUCCUGUAUUGUAAAUUUUAGACUAUUUCAUAUACAUUGUAUUAAAACUGCCAUAUCAAUUUUAAUGUAUAGUUUUUGCAAAUACUAUGCUAUAUGUAAUACCUAACUGUAUCUGUAGUGUAUAUGUAAUAUAUUUAUGCCCAAUAAAUGUUUUAAUCCUUUCUGA